AUGUCAGUUACGACUUAUUCUAUCAACAGCGAAGUGAAAAGUAGACCAACUGAUGGCAUCAACGCGGCAAUAUCGCAGGAAGAAUUUUUCCGUCUUCAAGGACAGCUUCUUGAUUUACGUAAUCGUAACUACGAGUUGCUGGAAGAAAAUAAACGUCAACAAAAAUAUAUCAACUGCUUAGCUUCGAAAGGAGCUGAUUCAUCAUUAUUUGUUGCUAAGCUUGUCGGUCGGAAACGAGAAAAGGAAAAUUCUAAUGAAAAAUUGGAAACUGAAGUACGUCUUUUACGGAACAAAUUAUCUGCCCAAGAAGAGGAAUUUCGUUUACAACAGUCAACUCUUCUUUCGGAGCUGAAUAAGGUAGCUAUAUUUGUCUCAUUUUCUAUUUUAUAUGUCAUUUAAUG